AAUCGUAAAAAUGGCCCUUCAUCUUCGUGAACUUGGAAAAACUGGUGUAAAAAUUCCUGCAAUCGGUUUUGGAUGUAUGGGUAUGAGUGAUUUUUACGGUUCAUCUGAUGAACAAGAAAAUAUUAAAGUUUUGAAUCGAACAUUGGAAUUAGGAUGUAACUUUUGGGAUACUUCCGAUGUGUAUGGGAGUGGUGCGAAUGAGAUUCUCAUUUCAAAAGUUCUUAAAGACCGUCGUGAUGAUGUUUUUAUUUGUACAAAGUUUGGUAUAGUUCGAGAUCCAAAUGUUUUAAAUGUAAUUGCAUCAAAUGUAACGGGUAAACCUGAAUAUGUUCGUAAAGCUUGUGAUAAUUCUCUGAAAAGAUUGGGAAUAGAUUGCAUCGAUCUUUAUUAUCAACAUCGCGUGGAUCCUGAUACACCUAUUGAAGAUACUGUUGGUGCUUUAGCAGAACUUGUUAAAGAAGGAAAAGUUAAAUAUAUCGGUCUCUCUGAAUGUUCUGCGGCAACUCUUAGACGUGCUCAUAAAGUUCACCCUAUUGCCGCUGUUCAAAUCGAAUAUAGUCCUUGGUCUCUUGAUAUUGAGACAAAUGGAAUUAUGGAGACUUGUAAGGAAUUAGGUAUCACUAUAGUAGCUUAUGGUUCACUUGGACGUGGGUUCCUAACAGGAAAAUAUAGAUCUAUCGAUGAUUUUGAACCGGGAGAUGUUAGGAGAACUCAUCCUCGUUUUCAACCUGAAAAUUUUGCUAAAAAUCUAAAACUUGCAGAUAAAUUUGCUGAAUUUGCAAGUAAAAAAAGCAUAACAGCAGGUCAACUUUGUUUGGCUUGGGUUCUAGCUCAGAGUGAUAAUAUUGUUACUAUUCCUGGUACGAGAAGUAUUAAAUAUUUAGAAGAAAAUCUUGAAGCAGCAAAAGUUCAACUUAAUUCCGAAGAAUUAUCUGAAAUUAGGCAAAUAAUUGAUUCUUUUGAAAUUAUUGGUGAAAGAUAUACUUCUAUGGGUAUGAAGAAUUAUAUAGUAUUUAGUAUUUAAUAUGUAUUUAUGU